AUGGAUGAUCAAGUCUCUGAUAGCUUGGUUCAAUGAGUAAGAAUAAUAUAGCUGAACCUUUUAAAUUUAAGCAAAAAAUGCGAAAGACUUUCAGAUUUUUCAGAUGGAAUUCUACUCUAUGAAUUAAUGUCUAAAGUGUAAAGUCCAUUUAGAUCCCCUGAUUAUUUUGAUUUAGAAUGCAUAACUCUAGAUGCGCACAAUAACUGAGCACUAAAGCUUGCAAACUUAAGAAGGCUUAAAAAAGCAAUUGAGCUCUAUUUAGACCAAGAACUUCAUAUCCAAAACGAAAAAAUUGAAUCAAUAGAGCUCGCCAAUAUCGCUAGGACAGCGGAUUUUAUCGAUAUGAUCAAUCUAAUGGAAGUUAUUGUAUUUGCUAUUAUAAACUGCCCUAUGAAAGAAACUUUCAUACAUCCAAUUAUGCAGCUUGAAGAAAAACACCAAAUAAUCCUUAUGCUUUUCAUAAAAAAAGCUAUAGGGGAAGAUUUUGGUGGUUUUUCCCCUUCCAAUUGUUCUAACAAAGACAAAGAAAUUGCUCAGCUUAGAGACGAUAAGCGAAAAAUGGCCCACAGGAUCCAAGAAAUGCAAGAGAGAAUUCUAGAGCUUACAGACCAAAAUACAAAAAUUAUAACAGAGAGGGAUGAGCUAUUAAUGAAAAACACUGAAUUUGAGACUGAAAUUUAUCGAAGAAAAUCUCCAUCUGGCACUUGCUCACCAGAAUACUUUACUAUUGAAUUUGAUCAAAAAAUAAGUGAAAAAGAUGAAAAAUUGAUGGUUAUGCAGCAAAAAAUAAAUGAAGUCAUCAGAGAGUACGAGAAAAAAAACUCUGUGCUGAGGGAUGAACUAGACAUGGCACAUUCAAGCGUGUGCAAGAUGAAAGAAUUAGAGAAAUUGUUGGAUCAAUAUAAAAUAAAAUUCGAAAAAUAUAAUACUUUGCAAGGAGAAAAUACAGAAAUCAAAAGGCAAAACCAUAUUUUGAAUGAUAAAGUGUACAAGCUUGAAAAAGAGGUUGAAGAAAUAAAUUCUAUACGAAAGUCAAUGAUGCAUUACAAAGAGCAGCUGGAGCAUGAAAAGGCCAGGAAUGGUAGCCUUAAUUUCGCAUUAGAGAAUAAAGAAAAGCAGCUAAAACAAGUGAUAAAGCAUGCCCAGGAAUCAUUAGAUAAGCUUCAGUUCAGCGAAAUAAGGAUCCAAGAAUUAGAAUAUGAGAAAAAACUCGAAUGCAGCUCGGUCGUAAGUGAUGAAAGCUUUUCUUCAAUAAACAGAGUCCCUUCUGAAUACUAUUUUGAAGAGCCAAACAAAGUAGAACAUCAACGCAAAGAAAGCAAGCGCUUUUCUAUAUCAGCCCCAACUGCUGACUAUUAUGAAGUUUUUAAUAAGCAUUUAAGUGAUUUGCAAGAAAAAUGUGAAAAGCUCAAAGAAAAAUGCAUAAGUUUUGAGGAAAGCUUUUUAAUGCUCAAUGAGGAGCAUAGCUUAAAAAUGUUUUUUGCAAAUGAUAACAUAAAAACUUUAACUGCACAAAAUGAAGAGCUGACAGAGCAAAUAAAUGUGCUUAAUGCUAUUAGCAGCCAAAAUAUAAAAUUCAAAGUAGAAAAGCUGCAAAAUGAAUUAGACAGCCUAAAAGAAAAUAAGGAGCAUUUAUUGCAAGAAAUCACAAGGCUUCAUGAAGAAAAAGAAUUAAGCUAUAAAAAAUACAUAGAAUGCAGAGAAGAAACCAUCGUAAUGCAAAAUAUUAUUAAAGAUAAAGAAAUCAAAAUACGAGAAUUGUCACUAAAUGAGAAAUUGUCAAUUGCUAAAGUAAGCGAAUACGAAGACAGAGCAAAGAUAACAAAUGAAGAAAUACAGCUCUUAACCAAACAAAGCCAGUUGGAAAAUCAAGAUUGCCAAGUAAAAUGUACAGAACUCGAAAAGGAAACUAUUGCUCUAAAGAGUGAAAAAAAUGCUCUGACUCUGAAGCUGAUUGAUAAAGAUGAAAGAAUUAAAGAAAUUUUAAAAGACAAAGCUGAUACGAUAAAGAUCAUUGAAAACCGUCAUCGCGACACUUUAGAUAGAAUAAAAAGUGAAAAUAACACAAAAAUCACCCAAAUGAUCACACAAACUGAAGAAGCGUUAAACGAGCUGCAAAGAGAAAGAGAAGAACUUGCAGCAAAAUUAAAAUCAGAAAGGAAAAGCAUUGGAGAAACAAAGCCAUCACCCGAAAAAGUAAAUAGUGAUGAAGUAAAGCAGUUGAAGGUGGAAUUGGAAAUCAAAGAAAAAGAAAUUAGAGAUUUAAUAAAAGCAAACAAAGAGCUUAAAAAAUGCUGGAAAGAGUCGGCUAGAUUGCUCAAAGCUGUUUAUAAAGAACUUGGAGUUGAAACUCAAAAACUCGAAAAUGCUGCGAAAAAAAGAUAUUAA